AUGGGGAAAUCCUCCACUUCACUCAAAAAGAAACAUUCCAAAACUUCCUCUAAGUCAAAAUCAAGCAGUAGAAGUAAGAAUAGGAAAUAUAAAUCAAAGAAGGUUUGCCGCCAUGAGGAUUCUCUUUCUAGCUCAGACUAUGAUGAUUCAAAAAAUAUGGACACGUCAGUGUCUUCUAGUUCUGAAGAUAGGUCUAAAAGAAAAAGGGAUCGGUCUCGCACAAGAAAAGAUGUGAAAAGUCGUAAGAAGAGGUUUCGGAGACGUUCAUGCAGCAGUGACAGCAGUAAGGACUCUCUCUUUGCCAGGAAGAGAAAAAAGCUGAAGAGGAAAAACAAGUAUGAUGAGACAAAGGAGAAAUCCCGUAGGAAGAAAAAAGUUAAGACAGAAGUGAGUGUUAGUUCAGUGAGCAGUGGAUCACGAAGCUGCUCAAUAUGUCCGGCUGGGAUUGACAGCAAUGAUAAUGUUGAAUAUGAGCACUCCAGGGGAAGAACAGAAACAAAGGAAAAAGACAAAAGACGGUUGAGGGGAAGAAGUGGAAGUGCAAAGAGUAGUAGAUAUAGGGCUAGGAGUUGUUCACCUUGCAGUAGUCCUCAUGGUGAAUGUAAUUUUGAAGGGACUGAAGAGAAAUAUGUGCCCGGGAACAAAACGAGGUGGCUCCGAUCUGUUAUUACUGUUGUAAAUGAAGGAGAUGAAUCUAGGCAAUUGUCUGGAAAUGAAACCAAAGAGGAAAUUGUAGAUGAUCUUGACUACCCUUGUAGAAGUAACGACAGUAACGAUCGUGGCUCAAACAGGGAGUUGGAUCAUCAUCAAUCACAUCGUGCACCAGAAGAGGAAUUGGGGGCCAAGGAUGAUACAGGAGAUAUGAAUGGUGAUGUUAACUUCACAGAGCCUAAACUUAGUGAUAUGAGCAGCCUUGAACUUUGUGCUGGGACAAAUGAAUCUAUAAAGAAGGAUGAUGUUUCUGGUGUUCUGAAUGAUGUUGAUUUAGAGUUAAUUCUUAGACAAAGAGCUUUGGAAAACUUAAGAAAGUUCCGAGGUCAAGUCCAGUCCCAUGCAAAAGCUUCUGAACAGGAAAAUAAAAUUGUCAGCCAAAUGAAGCAACCAGUCACCAAUAAAGAGGAACUGGUUCAAGAUAAGCCUAAUGUCAGUAAUGUUGCUAUAUUAGCAACAAAAUUUGGUAACCAAACACCUGUAGAAGAAACUAAUUUGCCUGUUGGCAGGAGAAAUUUAGUUACUUAUCCGAAAAACAAUGGAAGGAAUUUGAAUGCGGAUAAAGAAAUGUCUGGUUCUGCUAAGAUUCAAAUGGCUAGAGCACCAGAAAAAGUGAUUGAUGCAGACAGCCAUAUCGAAGUAGUCACUGAAUCCACUAAUAACAAGAAGAGCAAUUUGGAAUCGACCCCAUCAGAAUCUUGCCAUGAUUCACUCCAAAGUCGCUCAUCUCUGAAGCAAACGGCCGUGUCCGGACUUCCUCGUGAAAAGUUGGUUUUGGCGGAAAGCAUUAAAAAUACGGGUACUUUUGAAGCUGCUCGUAUCACUAGUCACUGUGGCAGUGAUGAUGUCAAAGACAUAAGAGGCAUUCCUUCUGCUGGUCCUAAACCUUCUAUUCUUGAACCUAAAUUUAAGCAUAAUAACUUGGAUAAGGGGAAAGAUGCUGCCAAUGAUCUUUCUCAGUUUAAAUCUAAGCAAACAUCUGAUUCACGCGAACCUUCUGAUGCAAAAUUGCCGGUGAGCGAGGCUGAUGAAGAAAGGAAUGUGGCUAAGAUAACACAAUCUUCAAUCCAGAAUAUUGAUAGCAAUGUUGCUACCCUUGAAUCUGUAGAAAAUAAUUCAGGCAAACUACAAGAUGGAUCCAACCAAGGCUCUCAGUUUGAGCAGAAAACAAUGACUGUGAUGCGGGGUGGUGAAUUGGUGCAGGUUAGCUACAAGGUCUAUAUCCCUAAGAAAACCCCUGCCUUGGCUAGAAGGCAACUAAAGCGAUGA